AGCAAGCCAUGUGGAUCUAUGCAACGGGCCAAGCCUGUCAUGGAUUUGCCAUGUAUCUUGGCGGUUUAUUGAUCGCAGAUUUGGACCAAAAGUGACCAUUCUUUUAGGAGGCUCUUUAGUCAGCGGUGGUGUUGCUUUAACCUAUUUCACUAUCAUGCAGUCUUUCUAUGCCGUCCUAGUGACAUAUGGUUUGAUAUUUGGUAUUGGUGUUGGUAUUGCGUAUGCCCCACCAUUGGCUGCUUCAAUGAGGUGGUUUCCAGAUAAGAAAGGUCUUGUAAGUGGUUUCAUUGUAGCUGGUUUUGGUUUUGGUGCUUUCAUCUUCAACUUUGUGCAGACUGCUUUCAUUAAUCCUGGUAACCUGGCUCCAAAUGCUACCACAGCUGGUGAUGAUGACUUAUAUUUUUGGCAGGAUUCAAUACUUGACCUGACACCAUACGUGUUCAUAUUACUUGGAGCCAUCUACUUCACUAUGCAAAUUAUCAGCGCCAUAUUAGUCAAAAACCCUCCCAAAGAGUCUGAGGAUGAGACUAGUGAGAAAGAGAAAUUGAUUGUAAAAGAAGGCGAAGAGGAGCAUACCCACAAAGAAGCAGACACUAGAUCAUCCGGUCUUAGUAUAGGUCCAGGAAAGAUGAUUAAAACCCGGGCAUUCUGGACUCUGUGGUUUACUUUCCUCUUCAAUACACAGACUCAAGUGUUGAUUUCAACACUUUAUAAGGCUUAUGGUCAGACGUUCAUUGCUGAUGAUAUGUUCUUAGCCUUGGUUGGCUCUUUCUCUUCCGUAUGUAAUGCCCUUGGACGUAUCAUGUGGGGAUAUUUGGCUGACAAGAUCUCAUACAAGAUAACAAUGUUGAUUAUCUGUGCCGUGAAUACUGCUUUCAUGUUGACACUGAUACUGACAGAGCAUGGUGGACAGGUUAUGUUCUUUAUCUGGGUUUGUUGUAUCUUCCUCUCGUUCUCUGGUAAUUUCGCUUUGUUCCCACCAGCUACUGCAAGGUCUUUUGGAGAAGAGUAUAUUGGAAUGAAUUAUGGAUUAGUGUUUACAGCAACAAUGAUGUCAGCCCUGACUGGAUCAUUCUUGGCUAAUAGUUUAGCUGAUUUGAUUGGAUGGCUGGGUCUAUUCAUUCUCUGUGCUAUUUUCUCUGCUGCAGCCUUCGUAUUGACCUUGACAUUCAAUGUGAAGACACCAUCUGGAAGAAACAUCUAAGCCACAAUACUACACAGAUGUGUGCUGAAGGAAACAUGCCAGUGUACUUUCUAGCUUGUAACAGUUACAUUGUCAUUCGGAUGGACAUCAUCUGUGUUCAACAUCUUUUCUAUUUUGUGUAUUUUUACUUACAAUGACCAAUGUUUAGGGGAAGUUUGAAUUGUCUUAUUAUUUUGAUCCAUCUUGUAGUUUUAAUUUAUAAGUAAGGCAAGACGAUUCACCAAAAGCUGAAUGUAGAGUUGUUUAUAUCAAACACUGUUUUUAGUUAUUUACAUUCAAUACAUUCAUACUGAAAUGAACAUACUGAAAUACAUAAGCCCUGUUUAAAUUUGAUAAUUAUUUGUUCUGUUAACCUAUUUGUAUAAUGUAUCCAAUCAGCUUUAUCUUCUUUACUAUUGGCCUGCAAAAUAGGGUAACAUCCAUUGUAAAUCAAUGUGUUGGACCAGUUUUUUCUUAGGCCUGUCUAUCCUCCAUGAUAAGCAGCAUUAUACAUCUCGCACCGAAAAAUUGAUUUUAUCAUUAUGUGAAAGGCUGCAUUAGAAAUAGAAUCCUGUCUCUGCAGAAUGGUUUCUGCUACCAUGUGGCAAAAUUUGAUAUGUCAACUAAACCUGACAAACAUGCUACUCUCUGAUUGGUCUGACUUGGUAGCCAAUCAGGCUGUACAUUUCCUGCUCUUAUCCCAUUAAAUUAUUCUUACAAGCAGGAAAAAGAUGUAUAAUAAUAGGUUUAUCAUGAGAAAACAGCAAACUAUGGACUCAUACCAAUGGUAGGGGGAUGAUUGGUAUUUUAUUGAAAGGGUUUAAAAGGAAUAAAUGGUUGGUGUAAUGAAUGCAAAUGCAAGACAGUGUUUUAGACAAACAAAAGAUGCAGUACUAUUUUAAACACUUGUUGUGCAUAUUGAAAUAUUUUGGAUUGUUAAGGAACUAUACAUUUAUGAUAGGGGAAAACUGACACCUUGCGCUGUUUUAAAUUAAGCAUGUCAUCGUUUUUAAUUAGCUCUAUAAUCUGAGAACCAAUUGCUUGGAUCCAAAAAUUUUUUUUUUUUACAUUGUAGAAAAAUAGAAUUACUGUAAGGAAAAAUAAUGGAACAAACCAUUUGAAUAAAUAAGGGGUGAGAAGCUUAAAAUUUUGAAUACAAAAUAAAAAUCAAUCUAGGCUUCAGAUGUGUAAUUGUUGACAUAUUUUUUUGUAAAUGAAAGACUAUUCAAAGAUGUUGAUUUCCGUGUGGUGUGAGCUCGUAAUUAUGGUGGAUCUUUACAUACAAUUCUCAACUGUUGAAACCAUAAUUCUACCAAUGGUUUAACAUACAUGUCUCAUAUUGUAGAGUAAUUUAUUUUUGAACACGGGGAUUUAUUUUUAUGAAAAGUGACUUUCUGUUGUGUUCAUGAAAUUUAUUGUCAUUUAUUUCGGUGAAGCUACAUUAUUUUCACUAGAUUCUAUUUGUGCUCAUCUGAAUGCAACGGUGAAAAAAAAAUCCAUGUAAAAAUGAAACUUGAACAGUAAUGAUGCAAGUUAUGAAUACAGGUCAUUGACUUUCUUUGUAAAGACAACACAAUUACAAGUAAAUUGCUUGAUUUUUUUUUUUUACUUAAAAUAUAUAAAGAGUACUGCAUGUUUGUGUGAAAGGUGUAUAGGCUUAGUGAACACUUAUUUUACAUAUUGCAAUUUAUUUUAGUACAUUGAUAUGUGUUGUUGGGAUUAUUCCAGGUUGCUUGAAAAAAAAAAUUGUGUACAUCAGUUUAUGUUGCAACAUAGUUAAGCUAUUCUUUGUCAUGCAUUGCUAAUGUCUGCUUUGCUUUCAACAAGUUCAAAUCAAUAAUUCUUUUUUAAAAUUGAACUGCAAUACUACCGAAUAUCAAUAUAUUUCUGUCUCUUUACUACAUACUGGUAUGUUUCAGCUUGUCAGUCUUGAGUCUGUCAUUUGUGAGUAUUUUAUAAGUUUAAUCCAGAAUUAUAUUUCUGUUAAAUGUUGCUUUAUUUUAACAUUGAAGUUCCACAGUGGCCAACACAGACAGUAAGUUUUUUUAUAGAAACAAAACAGAUUUUCAAAUACUGAAAUAAAUGUGUGCACAUAACUAUUGUAUUUUGGUGUGAUAAUAAUUAUCAUUUGCUUUAGCUUUAUUAUAUCAAUCACGCAAUCAAAUCAUUUUUUCAAAAAAACUUGAAUGAUUUGUUCAGUAAAUUGCUGCAAUUCUAAACAUUAAAGUUUGUUAUAUUGUGUAAAAUCCAAGAACUCCUGGCCAAAAGGCUAGUUUUGGAUACCCUUGUUGCUUAGCUACGAUGUGAAAAGGGGGGAGGGGUCGAUCAAACAAGUUUUUCAUGCAUACAACGAAGUGUAACAAGAUAAUUUAUAACAUUUUGGUAUCCAUCCAUACAUCUGUAAGAUAAUUCUGGGGGACAACCUAGGAAAACUGUUUAUAAGAUCGACUUCUCAGUUGCAAGCACACUCGGUCACAUAGCAACCAGGUAACACCCUGAGGGAACUGAAAACUAGUCUGUUCAUGGUUUUUGUAGUUCAAUGGUGUUUAUUGAAGUAACUUGAUAUCGGCAGUGUUGUAUUUUGUGAAAUCAGAGAUCCAUUGGCAACCCAUGUUGAAAUACAAGGCUGUUAUUUGUGGAUAUACCAAUUGUGUUGAUUGCAAUACUGAAACUCAAUAGUCAAACACUGAAACCACAGUUAACUGGUGCAUCUUUAGUGGCAUUCAUACUUGAAAAUUAGCUUGCUGAGAAGGAAGUACACUUUCUAAGCAAGCCUAUUGCAUAUACACACCAGCUGACUAUAGAAAACAGUCUAGUUGAAUGCUGACAUUUUGGUAUGCGUGUUCUUAUUUGUCUUCUGUCUAAAUUGCAGAGAAUUUCUGUAUAGUGAACGGUGGGACAUAUUCAGCAGACGCUGUACACAAAUGUUAGUUGCUUUAUGGUUCAGAAACAGGGUUUACAUCUAAAUAUCAUACAAUUUUUACAAAGUGUUUGAAAAAUGUUGAAUCACUUGAUGUUUUCUGCUUAUAGGGUUUGAAAUAAAAAAUAUAGUAUUUUA